AUGUUAGAUCGAUAUCUUUUUUUAUGUGCCGUGACCCUUCAGGACCAAGGCAGCAAAUACAGUAAGAAACAAGAUUUAAACGCAUUAUUAUUUAUUAUAUAUUUAUUAAAUCUCUCUCUCUCUCUCUCUAUCCCACCCCCCUCUCUCACUCUCUCUCUAUCUAUCUAUCUAUUUAUAUCUCACUCUCUCACUCUCUCUCUCUCUCUCUCUCUCUCUCUCUCUCUCUCUCAAAAAAAAAGAUUUGCGGGAAGCUAUAAAUGGCUAAUCAGACAGCAUUGGUCUCUCUCUCUCUCUCUCUCUCUCUCUCUCUCUCUCUCUCUCUCUCUUUUCUUCGACACUCCGUGGGCUGAGUAUUUCUCACCGGGAGCAUAUACUGAUCCCAGUUAUGAGUUAGGUUCUUCAAUGCUAAUUUUCAUGACAGGCCCUCCCCACUUGAAGGACCGAGGCAGCACUCUCUUCUUACCGUGUAUCAUUUAUUCAUCCAGUUAG